AAUCUUAAACACCAUACUAUUGUUCUCAUACAUUGUUAUUAAGGUACCCUUUUGCAUAAAUAUGGGAAAAAUACAUCUUUUAUUGAUUCUUACUUCACUUUCUUUUAUAGAUAUAUUGUGUAUCAAUUAUUGUUUUCAACAAAUUUAAGCAAAGGAAAUGAGUGGUUGCCUUUUGUUAUGUUUAGACAUCUAUGGCCCUGGCCUACUUAUGAGUGGCCAUAAACUUGCUUGAAAGACUUGUGUAAUGAGAUAGUUAGUAAACAAGAUCAUAGAGAGAGAAAGCACACAUAUCAUUCUUGCUUUGGUUUUUGCAGCAGUUGAACUAAAAGUCUAAAACCCCUCCCUAAACAACUUCAAGGUCCACCUUCACAAACCUAAUCAAAAUCCAUUCAUAAUUUCUUUUCAAUCUUUUAGAGUUCUGAUUAUCCAAGCCAUGGAUACAGAUGAAUUCAGUUUCCCUAGAAUCAGUGAUACUCAUGCACAUGCCAUUGAUUCACCUCCUUUGUGGAAUCUAUCACCAGCAGCAUCUCCUAAUCCAUACCAAAGAAACAAAGGAGAAGAAGAUUGUGAUUUCUUUGGAGCAAAACUGAUAUCUCAGGUUCAGAGGAAGAGCUUCUCAUCAGUUGAGACCAGAAUUCAACAACGAACUUUGUUGGAUGAUGAUGAGGAAGAAGAGAAAAUGGACUUGUUGUGGGAGGAUUUCAAUGAGGAGUUGAUGUGCUCUUCAACAACAGGUUCUUCUGCUACAUCUUCUUCAAGAGAAGUUGAUGAAUUCAGAUGUGCUACUCCAGCUUCAUCAAGAUUUGCCAAUAAUAAUAAUAAUAAUGGUGCACUAGUUCCAGCAACUAAGAAUAUCAAUAGGCCUAGCAUGGUGGUGAUUGUGAAGGUCUUGAAGAAGCUCUUCUCUGUUAACAACUAUCAAAAGCAACCAAGAAGGAGAGUAAGAUAAUGAUCCUUUUCCUGUGGUGAUUUAUGUCAAUCAGGUAUAAAAUUAGAAAGCCUUUUAUUAGUCUAUGGUGAGGGGCUUAAUCCUUAUCACUGGAGAGCUAUGCCUCAUCAAAUGCAAUGUAGAUAUAAAUUAUAGAGAGAAAUUUUCUUUCAUUCAUUGUUACAUGUCACAUAUGUUCCUAUUGGUUCUGUUCUAAUCUUUUUUAGCCAAGCCAAUUAGAUGAAGUUUUAGGCUUUUAAAGUGGCACUAUAAUCUUCUUGUUUUGGUAGAGGAAGGAAAAUAAGCAC